AUGUGGAUUCUUGAUACCAAUGCCGAUUUCUUUCAGGGAAGGCGAAUGUGGCUCAAGCCUGGGCAGAGAUACUUGUUUGGUCGGGUUAAGAAAGAUGGCGUUAUGAUCGCUAUUGAUCACAAAACAGUCUCCAGACAACAUUUCAAUAUCACCGUUGACCCUGUCAAAGAUACCGACGUCGGUCAAAUCCACACCCGAACGAAGAUACGGAUUGAGGAUCACUCAAAGACAGGGACGUUUGUUAACGGCAAGCUGAUCAAGAAGAAGGACCCAAAGAACGAGCAAGAACCGAACCCUUCGCGAGAACUGAAUGACGCCGAAAUUUCAAUUCGACCAGGCAACUGUCCGUACGAAUUCACCCUCACAUGGCGACCCUGCGUGUUCACCUUUAACCUUCUCAAGAAAGAGAUCAAGUCGGGAGUUCUCAAGGCAAAGCAGGCACGAGUACAAGAUCUGGAUAUCAAAGCUAUCAGCGACUUUUCUUCUGAGUAUACGACUCAUGUGGUGGCCAGCAAGAGAAAUACUGCCAAGGGUCUGUUAGCGCUUGUCAACGCCAAAUACCUUGUGACAGAGUCGUAUCUCGAUGCCCUGGACUAUGCGGCCACUCCCAUCACUCUGAGCCAGGAGGUGAAUCUGUCUCCGCUGGAAAAUGAUUUCGACAGUGCCUGGCCUGAUCCAAAGGACCAUCUUCCUCCUCCAGGAAAAGAACCCACAAUCAGACCUGCGAAAUCAUAUCAGCCAGAUCCCGCACGACUCAACGUAUUUGAACAUUAUACGUUUGUCUUUGGCGAGCAGACUCAGUAUGACAAUCUGUUACCGGUCGUAACGAGUGGGCAUGGGAAAGCUAUACUGUUCAAGGUGGUGAAUUUUGAAACAACAAGUGACGAGCUGAUUAAAUUCUUGCAGAAUGCGGCCGGGAAUAAAGCUGGCGGAAAUGAAAAUGGAUCAAAAGGCGGAGUCAUCUUGGUUCGAUGGUCUGGAAAGGAGGAUGUCCAAGAAUGGACCAACACGCUUAUCAAUGAGACCGCGUUGAAGAUGGACCAGCGAGCAAUUGAUCAGUCCGAGUUCUUGGAAGCUAUUCUGGCAAACGAUGCCGGACUCCUUAAACAACCAAUCCCGUUUGAAAGCACCAGUGAUGGAAGAAUCGCACCUCCCCCAUCUGCAGCGAACUCCCUUGCCACAGGGCAGGCUCCUGAGUCUCGCACAAAUGGCGACUCCACAUCUAAUGGAGCAGAGAACGGAAGUCUUCAAGCAGCGCUUGCCAUGAAAGCGGCAGACAACGCAGCAGCGUCCUUUCAGCCUUCUCAAACGUCAGGGCAGGAUGAUUCACGGGUCAAUGAUGCAGGAGGAAGCAUUACAAAACCUCUCUCCGUCCCUAAAGUCUCGCAACUGACCAAAUUCAAGAAUUUCGACGAUGGAUUCGAUCCCGAUGCCGUGGCUGUUUAUGAGGACGACGAGGUAAUUGAGGAAGAAGCAUACGUCUCCGGACCGGAGACGCGAUCUAAGUCACCUGUCGUAGUCAAACAAGAGCCUUCUGCGACAUUGAGAAAGCGACCUCGCUCCCCAACAGAAGAGCGACCUGAUACGUUCGCAGAGGAAAUGGAUGAUCUCCUUCCUGCAGCUACCGCAUUGAAGAGACGGAAGCUCGCAGAAGCAGCCGCGAAUGGCCGUAUUGAUGAAAUGGAUGAUAUUCAACCACGUCCAGCACCUGUGAGAAGGAUCAAGAAGGAACGAGAAAUCGACGUCCGCGAAGCCGCCAGAAAGCAACGGGAAGUGAAAGAAGAAGCCGCGCGGAGAGAGGAAGAAGAGCUUGAAGCUGUCCUGCCUGACAUUGAGGACAAGGAACCCGCGAACCUCGUUGACGUAGUCACUGUUGAUCUACCAGUCCGUGAUAAGAUGAAGAAGGCGAACAGUAGGGUCAACGGGGAUCAUGGACCAGACUGGGAUCCCAGGUGGAAUGGUCGCAAGAACUUCAAGGGUUUCCGUCGCAAAGGCGAUCCAGCUCAGCGAAGAUCUCAUGCCAACAAAGUCAUCGUGCAGUUAGUCGAAGUUCCGAAUAAAACAGGUGGAUUGGGUGAUCAAUAUUGGUCGAAGACUGAAGAAGAGAAGGAGCGCGAGAGGGAAAGGAAGCGCAGGGAAGAGGCGAGAAACAAACGGACAACGCAGAGUCAGACCCAGCCGUCGAGCGGGACAGUCGGUGGUCGUGCCGAUGGGAGAUCGAGAACAAGGAUCGUCUUGGACGAUGAUGAUGAAGAAAUCGACGAUGUGAUUGAACAGGCAGAAGAAGACGCUGAGAAUGCAUCGAUAGCUAGGACGACUCCUGGGGUUUCUCGUCUACAGCGCGAAGCAGAGGACAUCGCGGAGCAUGAGAUCGACCCAGACACGCCGAGGCGUACCCGUGCUGCGGACCGGACGCGGCAGGCGAGCGAGAACGCUUCCGAGACAGGCGGAGACGACACGACAACAGCGAGAGCGACGACUCAAUCGCAGAAGGGCAAGAGGGCUGCAAACUCCAAUGCAGAGACGAGCCGGCCAAAGCGGCAAAAGACUUUACCUGUCACGACUGUGCGUGGCGACGACAGCGAGGAUGACGACAGUGAUGAUAUGAAAUUCCGGUUUGGAACAAGAGCACGCAGGGGAAGGGGCAAUGGAAGGGGAGGAAGGGUUGGAAGUUGA